UCGCUUUCUGUUCCAUCCCUACAUUCAAAUCUCGCUAAAAAUUGGCAAUUCUCUUCAAAAACUAAACAAUAACUGCCGUAAUGCAGCGCGGCAUCGACUCCUUCUUUAAACGGCUGCCUGCAAAGCCAAAAACGGCAGAGGAUGAAAAUGGAGAGACGCCGUUGAAGGCGCCAAAACGCAGGAAGGCCUUGAUCAUUUCCAGCGACGAGGAUGAGGUGGCUGCCAGUCCACCAGAGCCCAAGAAACGCAAGUCGUCCAAGGCGACGUCCGGUGAUGAUGAUGUUGUGCCGGCCACACCGGAAUCGAAUGGCAAAAAAACCAGAAAUGACCAGAAGCCGGCGCUUUCCAAGCUCAAGAAGCACGUGGAUCCAUCUGAGCUCUUUGGUGGGGAGACCAAGCGUGUCGUUGUUCCCAAACCGAAAACAAAGGCGGUUCUUGAGUUUGAAAACGAGGACAUAGACCGGAGUUUGAUGGAAGUCGAUAUGGAGGAGAGCAUCAGGGAGGUAGAGCCAGUGGAAAAGACGUCACCUCCCUCUCCCAAAAGAGCGAAGACAAGCAGUCAGGAGCCCGCAAAAACCAAGUCCACAAAGUCCAAAGCCUCCACUCCGCGUGCGAAGAAGGAAAAGCCUUCGGCAGACCUGGAAUCGAGUGUUCUGACCGACGAAGAGCGUCACGAGCGGAAACGCAUGACCGCCGUGCUCUACCAGAAGUACAAGAACCGCAGUAGCUGCUUGAAUCCCGGCAGCAAGGAAAUCCCUAAGGGCUCGCCCAACUGCCUGAGUGGACUGACCUUCGUGGUCACCGGAGUCCUGGAAUCCAUGGAGCGCGAGGAGGCGGAGGCAGUGAUCAAGGAGUACGGCGGCAGGGUGAUGACCGUGGUGGGAAAGAAACUGAAGUAUUUGGUCGUGGGCGAAGAAGCUGGUCCAAAGAAAUUGGCUGUAGCCGAGGAACUCAAUAUACCAGUACUCAGCGAGGACGGACUCUUCGACCUAAUCCGGGAGAAGUCCGGGCAAAACAAGCAGGUAAAGGAGGAGAAAAAGAGUCCCAAGCAGGAGCAUAGCUCCAAGGAAAGGGAGAAAAAUGGGGUUAACGCUUUAACCGAGGUCCGAGUUAAGGAGGAGAAACAUAAAAUCAAAGAGGAGCACUCUUCCCCUAAGACGAAAGUCAAAGAGGAGCACACUUCCUCUAAGGUAAAGAAGGAAAAUAAGGAAGAAGUGCCAGCUGUUACCCUGAAGAUAAAGAAGGAACCCAGCUCGCAGGAACAAAAGGAUCCGGUCGCAAGGCCCACAGAACCCAAGACCCAGGAUGUGGUCAGCAUGGCCUGGGUGGACAAGCACAAGCCCACAAACAUCAAGGAAAUCGUUGGCCAGGCAGGACCCGCUAGUAACGUGACCAAACUGAUGAACUGGUUGUCAAAGUGGUAUGUUAACCAUGACGGAAACAAAAAGCCUCAACGCCCCAACCCGUGGGCCAAGAACGAUGACGGCAGUUUCUACAAGGCGGCUCUGCUGUCAGGACCGCCAGGAAUCGGAAAGACUACGACGGCGACUCUAGUGGUGAAGGAGCUGGGCUUCGACGCGGUGGAGUUCAACGCCUCCGACACGCGCAGCAAACGCUUGCUCAAAGAGGAGGUCUCAACGCUUCUGAGCAACAAAUCGCUAUCCGGAUACUUCAGCGGCCAGGGGCAGGCGGUCUCCAAGAAGCACGUGCUCAUCAUGGACGAGGUGGAUGGCAUGGCCGGGAACGAGGAUCGUGGCGGAAUGCAGGAGCUGAUCGCCUUGAUCAAGGACAGCUCCAUUCCGAUAAUUUGCAUGUGUAACGAUCGCAACCAUCCGAAGAUUCGGUCCCUGGUCAACUACUGCUACGAUCUGCGAUUCCAGAGGCCGCGGCUCGAGCAGAUCAAGGGUAAAAUCAUGAGCAUCUGCUGCAAGGAGAAGGUCAAAAUAUCGCCUGCGAAAGUGGAGGAGAUCAUUGCGGCCACCAACAACGACAUUCGGCAGUCCAUCAAUCACAUUGCGCUGCUCAGCGCCAAGGAGGACAGCUCGCCUAAGUCAGGGUCCCAUGUGGCCACCAAGGAUCUUAAGCUGGGACCCUGGGAAGUGGUGCGCAAGGUGUUCACGGCCGACGAGCACAAGCAUAUGUCCCUCGCGGACAAGAGCGACCUGUUCUUCCACGACUACAGCCUGGCGCCGCUCUUCGUGCAGCAAAACUAUCUCCAGGUCUCGCCACAAGGAAACAAAAAGGAUGUUUUGGCCAAGGUGGCUGCCACGGCGGACGCCCUCAGCUUGGGCGACUUGGUGGACAAGCGCAUCCGCGCCAACUCCGCCUGGAGUCUGCUGCCAACACAGGCCAUCUUCAGCUCUGUGCUGCCUGGCGAGCACAUGUGCGGCCACUUCACCGGACAGAUAAACUUCCCCGGAUGGCUGGGCAAGAACUCAAAGUCGGGAAAACGGGCGAGACUUGCUCAGGAGCUGCACGACCACACCAGGGUCUGCACCUCGGGAUCGCGACUGUCCGUUAGGCUGGAUUACGCGCCGUUCCUGCUGGCUAACAUUGUGCGGCCUCUGGCGAAGGACGGGCCAGAAGGUGUGUCCGCCGCCCUUGAGGUUAUGAAGGACUACCACCUUCUGCGAGAAGAUCUGGACUCGCUGGUCGAGCUUACCUCCUGGCCGGGCAAGAAGUCACCUUUGGAUUCGGUGGAUGGCAGGGUGAAGGCAGCACUAACCCGCACUUACAACAAGGAGGUUAUGGCAUACUCCUAUUCCGCUCAGGCUGGCAUCAAAAAGAAAAAGGCGGAGGCUGGCGGCGGAGACGAGGACUACUUGGACGCGGGUCAAGGAGAAGAGGACGCUGCUGGUGGACACGUCUCGUCAGAAGACGAUGAAGACAAAGACAACCUCGAGCUGGAUGGUCUAAUCAAAGCCAAAAAGAAGUCGACCGCUUCCAGUACUUCUAAGGGCGCUGGUGGUUCUAAAAAGUCAGCUUCCACUACCUCAAAACCAAAAGCCAAGGCAAAGAAAUAAAGGCUUUUUAGACUUGUAUACGUUUUUGCAUCCAAAAUUGUCAAUACGAUUUCUUUCUAUGGCUCAUUUAUACUGAUGGUCGGCUCUGGCAGUCCGUUGUUCAUAUUGUUAAAAACAUCAACCAUAUACCAAUAAAUUGUGUGUUUAAAACUA